AUGACGGAAGCCGUCGCGACGCCCCAAAAGCGGGUGCUUGGAGAUGCGACGAACAAUCCACGCAGCAUCUUGAAAUCCCCCAACUCGAUGAAGAAGCGCAAGCUCGAUACCGGAGCGUCGGCAAAGAUCAAAGCACCCACUCUCAGCGGCCAGCGCAAAGUGGGUUCCAGCCAGCCGCAGAAAAGCCAGUUCGAAGAGGAGGUGCUGGAGAAGUUGACCCAGGACAUUUCGGAGUUAAAAGACAAAAACUCGGAGAAAGACCAGCAAUGGGAGCGGCCACCACUAGGAGAAUUCGAUCCGGCUAAGGAGAACGUGUGCUUCCAGCAGAUUGACGCCGAGGAGGGAACACUGUUCGGUGGGAACGCGGCUAUUCGACUGUUCGGCGUGACGGAAAUCGGUCAAUCAGUCUUGUUGCAUGUUACAGGAUUCCAACACUACCUCUACAUCGCCGCGCCAGGCGGGUUCACGAAGGAGGACUGCGACCCUUACAGAGCCUUUCUCGAAAGUCGACUCGGAAGCUACCAGCGCACCAUUCAGUCGGUUGAAAUAACGUUAAGGGAGAACAUUUAUGGAUUCCAGGGGAAUCAGAAAAGCUGGUAUUUGAAAAUCACCGUCACAGACCCAAGAUCUGUUGCGAGAGUACGCAGCGCGCUCGAGAAUGGAGGCUCCAACAUGAACUACAAGGGGCUCUGGAGCAAAGAGGAUGCUGGAAUACUUACGUUUGAUAAUAUCCAGUACCUCUUGAGAUUCAUGAUCGACACCGGAAUUUCUGGUAUGUCUUGGGUUGAGGCGAAGGCUGGAAAGUACCGCCUCCUCAACCACGACGAACGGCAGUCGAACUGUCAAAUCGAGGCGGCAGUCGACUACCGAGAUCUGAUCGCUCAUCCUCCCAACGGAGAAUGGGCGAAAAUGGCACCCCUCCGAAUCCUAUCAUUCGAUAUUGAAUGUGCUGGCCGUAAAGGGAUUUUCCCCGAACCGAAUCAAGAUCCGGUCAUCCAAAUCGCCAACGUUGUGACGCGGUAUGGAGAAUCCAAACCCUUCAUCCGAAACGUAUUCGUUAUGGAUACGUGCAGUUUGAUUGUCAACACGCAGGUACUGGAGUUUGACAAGGAAGAGAAAAUGCUCAUGGCGUGGCGAGACUUCCUGGAGAAGGUGGAUCCUGACGUUAUCAUUGGUUAUAACAUUGCCAAUUUCGACUUUCCGUACCUCUUGGACCGCGCCAAACAUUUGAAGUGCGGCCGCUUCCCCUUCUGGACGCGUCUGAAGAGCAUUCCUUCACAGGCGAAAGAGACUAGUUUCUCUAGCAAGCAGAUGGGAAAUCGCGACACCAAAGCAACAAACACCAAUGGCAGAAUUCAACUCGAUCUCUUGCAACUGGUUCAGAGGGAUUAUCACCUGCGCAGCUAUACGUUGAACUCUGUUUCCUACGAAUUCCUGGGAGAACAGAAAGAAGAUGUCCACCACACGAUGAUCACGGAGCUACACAACGGGACUCCGGAUUCACGACGACGUCUGGCUGUCUACUGUCUGAAGGAUGCAUACUUGCCCCAGCGCCUAAUGGACAAACUCAUGUGUCUUGUCAACUACACGGAAAUGGCCAGGGUCACAGGCGUCCCGUUCAAUUUCUUGCUGUCUCGUGGUCAACAGGUCAAGUUCAUUAGCCAGCUAUUCCGCAAAGCCCUGGAGCAGCAGCUGGUAAUCCCGAACCAGAAAUCAAACGACGAACAGGACUAUGAGGGUGCUACCGUCAUUGAGCCAGUCCGCGGCUACUACGGUGUGCCCAUCGCAACUCUUGAUUUCGCGUCUCUAUAUCCUUCGAUCAUUCAGGCACACAAUCUGUGUUAUACUACCCUGCUGAACAAGAACAGCGUCGAGAAGCUGAACUUGAAAAAGGACGAAGACUAUAUUGUGACGCCGAAUGGUCACAUGUUCUGCACCACUAAGGUCCGGAAGGGUCUUUUGUCGCAAAUUCUCGAGGAAUUGCUUACAGCCAGAAAGAAGGCGAAGAAGGACCUCGCGAUUGAAACGGACCCUUUCAAAAAGGCAGUGCUGAAUGGACGACAACUGGCUCUGAAGAUUAGCGCGAACAGUGUUUAUGGUCUUACGGGCGCCACUGUUGGAAAGCUCCCGUGUUUGCCAAUUGCUAGUAGCACAACCAGCUAUGGCCGUCAGAUGAUCGAGAAAACGAAACAGGAAGUGGAAGCCAGGUACACCAUCGCCAAUGGCUACUCUCACGAUGCUAAGGUUAUCUAUGGUGACACUGAUUCCGUGAUGGUGAAGUUUGGUGUCUCGACUCUGGAAGAAGCGAUGAAGCUUGGUCAAGAGGCGUCAGAAUAUGUUUCUUCCAAGUUCAUUAAGCCUAUCAAGCUGGAGUUCGAAAAGGUCUACUUCCCCUACCUUUUGAUCAACAAAAAGCGAUACGCCGGACUUUAUUGGACGAAGACGGACAAGUACGACAAGAUGGACACCAAGGGUAUCGAAACAGUGCGCCGCGAUAACUGCUUGUUGGUGCAGAACGUGAUUGAGACCGUAUUGCAUAAGAUUUUGAUCGAUCGAGAUAUUGAUGGGGCGCAAGAAUAUGUCAAAGAAACGAUAUCAGACCUUCUGCAAAAUAAGAUCGAUAUGUCGAAACUUGUCAUCACCAAGGCUCUGUCCAAAGAUGACUACAAGGCGAAACAAGCGCACGUCGAACUCGCUGAGCGCAUGAAAAAGCGUGAUGCAGGCUCUGCCCCUACCCUGGGCGACCGUGUCGCGUAUGUCAUGAUCAAGGGUGCUGGUGGCUCCAAAAAUUACGAACGAUCGGAAGACCCCAUUUACGUCCUCGAGAAUAACAUUCCUAUCGACACCAAGUAUUACCUGGACAAUCAGCUUGCCAACCCGCUGGGCCGUAUCUUCGAACCCAUCCUCGGGGAGAAGAAGGCUAGUCAACUCUUGACUGGUGAGCACACUCGAUCUAUUUCUGUGGCAGCCCCUACCAUGGGUGGCUUGAUGAAAUUUGCCAAGAAGACACAAACCUGUUUGGGUUGCAAGAAACCUCUCUCAGGCAAGGAGGAGAUGGCAGGAGCAGUGUGUGUGCUUUGCCGUCCUCGUAUGGGGGAGCUGUACACGCGGUCUCUAAAGAAAGUGUCAGAUCUCGAGGUCCGAUUCGGUCGACUCUGGACACAGUGCCAGCGGUGUCAAGGAAGUUUGCAUUGCGAGGUCAUCUGUUCGUCUCGCGAUUGCCCGAUUUUCUAUAUGCGUAUGAAGGCAAAAAAGGACGUCGAGGACUCGCAGAAGGAACUGGCGCGGUUUGAUUUGGACGCGGGCGCUUGGUGA